AAAGACUGGCGCAUUACAAGUAUGACCUCAGAACUUAACAGUAAUUGUGGAUGAGUGGAAAGAUGAUUACAGUUUAGAGGAAUGCGACGAGAAACGUGUUUUAUAGUGUUCUAUUUCUAUUAUUAAAACAUUUUUUAUUUAUGUGGAGUGUAAAUUGAGAGCAGUGAAAAGUUUAAUUAAAAACAAUGUCUUGGCCAGUGUUAGAGACGCUUGGCUUCGUUGCCGCAGUAUUAUUCCUGGUUUAUCGUUAUUUCGUGUCGAAGUUAGCGUUCUGGCAGAAGCGAGGGGUCAGUGGACCAAACCCUUCCCUAUUAUGGGGAAAUUUUAAGGAUGUGUUUUUGGGAAAGAUAUCGUUCAGUAAAGUCCUUGAGGAUGCAUAUUAUAACUACAGAGAUGAGUCGAUGGUAGGACUAUACGCAGGACACAAGCCAAUUUUGGUUUUGAGGAACCCAGACUUGAUAAAGGAUGUUCUUAUUAAAGAUUUUCCAAAAUUCGUCGACAGGUCAUUCAAACCAACGCCGGAGAUGGAACCAUUGUCAAUGCACCUCUUCAGGUUGGAAGCGGAGAGAUGGAAGCCCUUGAGGUCUCGGCUCUCGCCAGUCUUCACCUCGGGAAAGUUGAAGGAGAUGUUUCACUUGUUGCUAGAGUGCGCGGAUCUCUUUGAAAAAUAUUUGGACGACGUGGUAGCCAAAGGCGAGCUGGUCGAGUGCCGCGACGUUUCUGCGAAAUUCACUACCGACGUGAUCGGUUCCUGCGCGUUCGGCAUCGAGGUGAACGCGCUAAAGGCUGAAGACAGCGAGUUUCGCAAGAUGGGCAAGAAAAUUUUCGAAUCCAGCUUCAAAGGCACGAUCAGAAACAGAGUGAGGGAUUACCCAUUCCUGCAUAAAUUCCUAGGCCCCUUUUUGAUCGACCACGAACUCAUAAAUUUCUUCAUGAACAUCACUAAGGAAACUAUCGAUUAUAGGAUUAAGCACAACGUGCGUAGACACGACUUCAUUGACGUUUUAGUAGACUUGAAACAAAAUCCAGGGAAACUUAAUCUUAAAGAAGUUGACGAUGUGUUUUUAACUGCACAAUCCUUCGUCUUCUUCGCUGCUGGUUUCGAAACCUCCUCGAUAACAAUUGCGAAUACUUUGUAUGAACUCGCGCUGAAUCAAACUAUACAAGACAAAGUUCGUGCAGAAAUCAAGGAAGUUUUAGAGAAGACUAACGGCAAGAUUACGUACGACUGUAUAAGGGAAAUGAAAUAUUUGGAUGCUUGUUUCCAAGAAACGUUGAGGAAAUAUCCAGUGCUGUUGUGGCUCUCGAGAACAUCGAUGUCCGAUUACACGUUCUCGGACACGAAAGUUACAAUCCCAAAGGAUGUGCAAGUAUUUUUACCUGUUUUCGCGAUUCAAAGGGAUCCGGAAAUUUUUCCAAAUCCAGAAACUUACGAUCCUGAAAGAUUUACGGGUGACAACGCUACGGGCAGACAUCCGAUGUACUAUUUGCCGUUCGGAGACGGCCCAAGAAAUUGCAUUGGUGCCAGAUUCGCCAAGAACCAAUCGAAAGUGGCAAUAAUUAAAAUUCUGUCAAAAUUCAAAGUUGAACCUUGCGAGAAGACUUGCAUGACGUAUGAGCUUGAUAAAAGAGCAUUAUUCCUCUUGCAGCCGACGCAUGGUAUCUACGUGAAAAUGACAGCCUUGAAGUGAAAAAGUAUUUAUAUAAUGAUGUUAGAUGUUAGAUACAUUUCAUUUUAUAAUUUCUCUUAUUUUUUAUACUGUUAAAUACGUUUACUUGUAAUUAGGUUUUUUUUUGUUGAAUUAAAGAUUCAUGAUCACUGAUUAUGUGCACGUACACUGGAUGUAAUAUUUUCGACUAAUUUUGUGCAAAGAAUAAAACUAAUUGGAAUAUAUUA